UUGCAGACGGCGAAAGCCAAGGAGCUGGCUGUACCGGCAAACUUCCUCUCACCAUUGGAAGAUACCGAAGUUGUCGAAGGAGAAACACUCACCCUGAAAUGCGUUGUAGCCGGUGAACCAUUCCCAACCCUUACCUGGACCAAAGACGGAGUGGAAUUGGAGAAAGACGAUCGUGUUACGAUGCGUGUCGCUCUUGAUGGAACGGCCACGCUACGUAUACGUGAUGCACGAAAAUCAGAUUUUGGACAGUACCGUAUCACUGCAAAGAACGAAAGUGGAACAGAGUCCAGCGCUUGUCAAGUUACCGUCAAGGACAAAGGUGAAGAACCAUCCAAGCCACGUUUCAUCAUUCCACUCAAAUCAUGCGAAGCCGAAAUUGGCCAGAAGAAGGAGUUCGAGGUGAAACUGCGAGGUUAUCCCAAGCCUACUCUUGAAUGGCUGUUGAACGAGGAAACAAUGAGGUUCGAUGAGCGUGUCACUGUCGAAGAACUCGGCGCUGGAAAUUACUGCCUUACUAUCAAGGAGAUCCGUGAAUCCGACUUUGGUACGAUACGUUGCAUUGCCACAAACGAACAUGGCAAAGACCAGUGCCAGGCUGAAUUUGACCAGUUCGGUCCUCGUGUUGGUCGCGAAAAAGAGGAUGACCGCUAUCCGCCUCGAUUCAACGUUCCCCUAUGGGAUAGACGCAUCCCGAUCAACGAUCCUCUUGCCAUCGAGUGUCAUGUGGAUGCGAAACCAACGGCUGAAAUCGAGUGGUUCAAAGACGGCGUUAAGUUGGAAAUUAGAGAAGGCGUUGAAAUUCGUAAUACCUCGGAUGGAGCCUGUCGGGUACGAAUCGCAAGGUUCGGGAAAGAAGACGUCGGUGUGUACAUGUGUGUGGCGAAGAACCCCCUCGGUGUUGCUGACACGAGGUCGACAUAUUCCGUUGAGGUGAUGGAGAUGGAGGAACAUGUUGAGAAGAGGGAGUACGCCCCACGUUUCAACCCGGGGCUUGAAGACAAGACUGUAAACCUCGGACAGAACGUUCGACUCUCCUGUACUGUCGAUGCGAUUCCAAAAGCAAGCCUUAUCUGGUACAAAGACGGUCUACCUCUGCGAUCUGGUGGCCGUUUCACGAUCACAACAGAAGAGGAUGGUACUUGCUCGUUGGAAAUAAGUCAAACAGUUGCAGGUGACGAAGGUGCUUACCGGUGUGUGGCCUCAAACGAACACGGAACUAUCAACACUGGAUGCUUGGUCACCGUGAAGGUGCCCAAAGCUGAAGCAAAGAAAGAAGGUGAAGAGCCGUUCUUCACGAAAGGACUUGUCGACAUUUGGACUGAUCGCGGUGAAUCGUUCACGUUGAAAUGCGCCGUAAAAGGCGAUCCGUUCCCAGAGAUCAAGUGGUACCGCAACGGAAUCUUGGUUCGUGACUCGCAGAGGACAACAAUCGAAACGUCUGCGGAUGGCACCUGUUCGUUGACGGUAAAGGAAUGCACGAUGAGCGACGAGGGCAUCUACAGAUGCGAAGCCGAAAACAAGCACGGAAAAGCAAAAACUCAGGCCACGGCCCAUGUGCAGGUAUCGCUUGGCAAAGGCGAUAUGCCCAAACUCGAAAUGGGAUCACCUCCAAGAUUUAUCAUUCCUCUGGAAGACCAAACAGUUCUUGUGGGCGGUGUUAUCGAUCUUGAAUGUAAAGUCACUGGAGAACCGAUGCCACAAGUGAAAUGGUCCAGAGAUGGUGGCCCAAUAUGGGAAGAUUCGCGUUACGAAUGGGAUAUCGAUGAAGCUAAGGGAAUCUACCAUCUUCGAAUACAGUCGGCUACAGUGAACGAUGAAGGAACCUACCGAUGUGUUGCGACCAAUGAGUCUGGCUCCGCAACGACCAAAUCCUUUACUCGCAUUGAUGACGGUUUCUCCAUGCAAAUCCCAUCGAAGAGUAUCCCACCACGAUUUACUAUCCGCCUCGGCGAUGCCCGUGCCGUAGAAGGACAACCACUACGACUCGAAUGUAAAGUAGAAGGAUCACCAUUGCCCGAACUCACUUGGAACAAGGAUGGAGUUCAGAUCCAUCCUUCGGAUCGGGUGCAGCUCAGUAUGGAUGCAGAUGGUGUCGCUCGUCUUGUCAUUCCACAAUGUUGCAUGGACGAUGAAGGUAUUUACCGAGUCAUCGCCACCAACCCUUCGGGUACUGCCCACGACAAGGGUAACGCUAUCAUCAAGAGAGCUCCUCGUGACCGAGAACGUUCUGCUGAACGCGAUCAAUUCGAUGCCAACAAAGUCCCGAAGGUUGUCGAGCCCCUCGAAAACGUCAAGAUCCCCGAAAAGCAAGGAUUCCGACUCCGUUGUAAAUUCAGUGGUGAACCAAAAUUGUCUAUCAAAUGGUUCAAGGAUGGUGAACGGGUAUUCCCCUAUGGAAGGCUCAAGCUACUGGAAUCACCCGAUGGAGUAUGCGAGUUGAUUGUCGAAUCGUCGAUCCGGCAAGACGCCGGUGGAUACAGAUGUGUCGCGGAAAAUGCCUAUGGAUCUGCCAGGACGACCUGUGAAGUUACCGUAAUCCAGAAAGAACGUAAACCAAUUACGGACUUCGAUGCUACGCUCAAAGAAGGAAAAGCUCCCGGAUUCACUGUUCCACUCACAAUUCGACGAGCAAAACCAGGAGCUAACGUCACAUUCGAAUGCGUUCCCUACGGAAAUCCAUUCCCGCAGAUCCGAUGGCUUAAGGACGGUAUUGAAAUAACUGAAUCGAACAAGAUCAGAUUCGAAGCACUGGAAGACGGAACCCAGCGUCUCCAUUUGACCGAAGUGGACUUCUUCAGUGAAGGAUACUUCCGUUGUGUUGCUACUAACGAACAUGGUACUGCUUCGACAAAAGCUGAGCUUGUCAUCGACGGUACGUAA